CCGGCCCGACCAGAUAUCUCCGAUCCAAAACCCGAAAACUCUUAUCCACCGUCGCUUGCGUUAUCAUAUGUUCUCUUCUCCUCCCAAUAAGAAGCGGGGAGGCAUCUGAUUUUUUUGGGGUUUAUGGCAUUCGAUCGGAUCAUAUUUGGCAAGCAGUGCUCUUCCCACUUUUCUUGAUUUCUCUUAUGUAUGCUGGAUCAUUGAUGUUAUUGGUGAAUCAGUGGAUGGAGCACAGGGAUCAAGAUAGAAGGCCAUUGUUAGAUUUUAUCAAAAGCACCCUUCUUACGUUCCCAAGCCAGAUGUCAUCUGUCCCUUCCAAUGUUAUAUUCUGGCGGACUUUAGUUGUAGCACCGUUAACAGAGGAGUUGGCGUUUAGAGCAUUUAUGAUUUCUUUCCUUCUUUGUGGGGGAUUUAAACCUUACGAUGUCAUUUUUCUCUUCCCUACUUUCUUCAGUUUAGCACAUUUGAACCAUAUGAUGGAGAUCUAUAGCCGCCACAAUUACAGCUUGCGUGAAGCUUCUAUGGUUGUAGGCCUCCAGCUGGGUUACACUGUGGUCUUCGGUUCAUAUGCUUCGUUUCUCUUCAUUCGAACAGGGAACCCUUGCUUCUCCUUUAGUUGCUCAUGUAUUUUGCAACUACAUGGGAUUGCCUGUACUAUUUGUACAGAGGAAAGGGGUAGUUAUUGUGGCAUUUAUAGCUGGAAUGUUGACCUUUGCAUGGCUUAUGUUUCCUUUAACACGGCUUGAUUUGUAUGAUGAGAGAACCAAUA